UGAAAAUUUCCCCGACCCGAACGAAACCUCCGUUUCCUCUACGAUCCGCUCUCCAUCUGUCUCCAGGAUUUUCGGUGAUCGGAGAGGGACCUUUAUUCUGGAUUUAGCCUAUUAAUAUUGAACCAUCAUUUGUUUCGCUCGAUUUCCUCCUCCUCCCCACCACCCUGCCCCCACCAAAUCUCGAACGACGAGUCCGGCUUGAGGUCAUACCAUCAUCCAUCCAUUAUCUCCACGCUUCAUCCGGCCGCCUCCUUCCCUCUUCCCUCGAUACACCUCUUUCUUUCGCUCGUAUUUUCAUCAAUCUUUAUCGGCACAUCGACGAUUGGCAUAAUGUCUCGAUCCGCCGCCGAUGCGACCCGUUUCACGGCCACAGGGCCUUACGCCCACUCGAAGCCUGGCUCCGCGGCUCCGUACAAGCUCCCCGGCUUCAUGGCCAAUGCAGUUCAACAGCAACAGGGUGGACACCCCGGAGGCAAACCCGAGACCCCUAAGGAGAAGGUCGAGCGAUUGCGAGCACAAGCCCGUGCUGCCCGGUUAGCCCAGUCGACGUCGCGCGUGGAUCAGAUGAUCGACUUUGGCCGUCGAUUUGCCAACAAGGCCCACAAGACCAUGGUUUAUACUCUUAUUGCUGCAUCGGGCGUUUGCGGAGCCCUCACCGUCUACUCCAUUGUCUCUCUAUCUCUGUACAACCGCCGUCAGCGAACACUGUGGAUCGAGAAGGAGCUACAGACUCUGCAGGACGCCAAGGUGGCCUAUGUCAACGGAACCGCCACGCCGGAACAGCUGGAACUGCUGAAGAAUGAGAAGAUUGCCGAGAUCUACCAACGAAAGAAGGAUGAGGAGCGGCAGCAGCGCCCUUGGAACAAGGCGAGGCAGUACUUAUUUGGGGGCUUGAAGGCGGACGAGGCUCCCGCCGAGGCAAACCCCAACCCCAUUCCCGAGAGCCUGGUCGCUGAUGACAAGCCUCGCGUCCUCGAAGCCAUCAAUGCUGCGAAAGCGUCCGGAGAACUUGUCGCUCCCACACAGCAGGGCCAGCUGGACACCCUGGCGGCCAAUGCUGAGGAUGCUGCUAAGCAGACGACGCGAAGCUGGACGAGCUGGCUCACCGGACGGUGAAAGGAUGAUGUAUGGAAAAUCAAGGAAAAUACAGAGAAACUUAUAUGGGCUCGCGGGGAGAGAGCAAAGCUUUCUCAUACUGUCUGCUCGCAGCAUUUCCGCCCCGCUCGAAAGUCCCCUGUUUCAUGUUUCGCAUGGCACAUUGUCGUUCGUCUCUUCCUUCCUCUCUUCUACCACAUUUGGGGUUGUGGCGUAUCCUGCUUUUUCUCUUCUGGGUGUGUGUGUGUGAAUGUGUGUGCGCGCUGCGCCGUGAUGUAUCAAUCUAUGUGCUGUUGUUCUAUUUGCGAGACCUGCGCAAUUCCAACGUGCGGUUUUGCCAUGUCGAUGUACAUAUACAUAUAUUUCUAUUCUUUUUUUUUUUAUUUUUUAUUUUGAUGAUCUUACUACAUCAGCUACUUGCAGUUGCUA